UCAGGCAGAUUGUUAAUCAGUCGAUCGAUCCUCUUGCUUCGGCACUCUCCGAACGGUUCUACGGAAGAUUUAAAACUCACGCGGGUAACCAAGGAACAAUUAGUUGGCAAUAUGUAUCGCGAAUGAAUUUAGCCCUGAAAAUCUCGGAAAGCGAGCGAACGCCAUUCAAACGGGACUGUUAACGUCCUUCGGCGAUUGAACGUUCCACCUCUUGCCGAUCCGCCGAUCCGCCGAUCCACCAGUGUUCCUCGCUUCCCUCCAGUCCGCGACGCGAGUUCAGACCCUGACUGCUCGUUGAUCGACCAACUUCAGAAUCCUAUUGUCAGGCAGCUCCCCAAGGACGUUGUCCGCCGGAAUACUUGGUCAAGCAAAUAAAGGAGGAGAAGGGGCCCCAGUGAUAAGGAUGUGGCCUGGACUGGCAGUUCUUUUGCCUUUUUUGGCAAAUUUUCCAAUUUCGCCUGCCAACGCGAUUGAUAAUCUCCGCGUCGCAUUUCAAUGGAAACAAGUCGAGUACGCGUGGCCGGACAAUGACACCAGACUGCUGUUUCCUGCCUACAAGAAGGAAGACAAUGUGCCAUUGGGUCUGGAGGUAGCCGGCGACAGACUCUUCAUCACAGUGCCAAGAUGGAAGCUAGGUGUGGCUGCGAGUCUCAACUACAUCAGUCUAAACGAUACGCGAGAAUCACCUCCUCUGAAUCCGUAUCCAUCCUGGGCGGCACAUCAGUACGGCGCUUUUGGCAUACCGGAAGUUGUCUCUACGUUCCGCAUCCGGGCCGACCGUUGCGGUAGACUCUGGGUCCUUGACACGGGCCUCGUUGAUAUCUUGACCGAACCGGAACAACAGGCACCGCCAGCACUUAUAGUUUACGACCUGGCGAAUGAUCAGAUCAUUCGCAAGUACGUCAUCCCCGCGGAUCAGCGCACAACCGAUUCCCUAUUCGCGAAUAUCGUUGUCGAAGACUAUUCCUGCGAGGACAGCUUCGCGUAUCUGGGCGACCUUGGAGGUCCUGGACUAGUUGUCUACUCCUGGAAAGAGAAUAGAUCCUGGCUCGUUAAGCAUCAUUUCUUCCAUCCGGAUCCUCAGGGCGGAGAAUUUUUGGUGGCUGGUGUGACGUUCCACUGGACCGAUGGAAUAUUUGGUAUGGCUUUGGCGCCUACCGGAGAUGGGUAUAGUACCCUGUACUUCCAUCCUCUCUCCAGCACCAUGGAAUUUGCCGUCAGUACGCAACUCCUGCGGGAUCCAGAUCGUUCAACUUCACCAAAGAGCUUCCACGAGUUCCAGGCUUUGGGUUCGAGGGGUCCCAACGGACAGAGCAGUGUCAGCUUCUUGGAUCCGGCAACUGGAAUUCUUAUUUAUGCCCUGACUAACUUGAAUGCCAUAGCUUGUUGGAAAACCGGAACUACCUACAACAUUCAACAACAGGGUCGAGUCUAUAUGAAUAAUGUCACUAUGGUCUUCCCUAAUGACCUAAAGAUCGAUCAAAAUGGCAAUAUCUGGGUACUGUCGGAUCGUCUUCCCGUCUUCAUGUACUCCGAAUUGAAUCCCGAGGAAUACAACUUCAGAAUUCUAACAGGAAGUGCUCGCGAGGCUGUUCAGGGCACAGUGUGCUCCAUGAAGCCAGCUGUCGUUGAUCAGUCAUCGCCCAGUCCGAAUAUACAGAAAAUGCCAGUGCCGGUUCUCACUAAUAGAGCCACUGGGAACGCAGCAGGAGCUGGAGCAGGCGUAGCUACCGGCGGAAGUGCAGGAGCAGGAAGUGGAACGUUGAAAAGUUCUGCGGGAACGGAGGCUGUGAACGUACCGCUGAUCAGUUUCCUGGGAUUGAUAAUUGCGCAAUUGGCAGCAUGAAGAUCCGGUUGACAUUAAAAAGUAUAUAGUUCCAAAGUCACGUGAUUUUCUCUAAUUUACAGUGAAAUAAAUGAUGGUGCUAACCCGUAGAAGGGUGCACGGCUUACGUGAACCUCCCAAAAGAUUAAAGAAGUAUUCAUCCCUAACAAACAAAAGCUAUAACAUGUACAGAUUCCUUUGAUCUUCAAAUGUACACCAAGUAGUCGUAGAACUAUUAAAGAAUUGCAACGUUGCGUAUUAAAUUAUUUAUAUAAAUUGUAA